CGGAAGCGGUGGCGACCCCGGAAGUCCUCGCGGAGACAGCGGGUCCCUAACAUCGCGUCCCCUGCGCCGCCCCGAGGGCUGUGCUAGCCCGACCGGCCAUGGACGAUACCCUGUUCCAGUUGAAGUUCACCGCAAAGCAGCUGGAGAAACUGGCCAAGAAGGCCGAGAAGGACUCGAAGGCUGAGCAGGCCAAGGUGAAGAAGGCCCUUCAGCAGAAAAAUGUGGAGUGUGCCCGGGUGUAUGCCGAAAAUGCCAUCCGCAAGAAGAAUGAAGGUGUAAACUGGCUCCGGAUGGCAUCCCGUGUGGAUGCGGUGGCCUCCAAGGUGCAGACAGCUGUGACCAUGAAGGGGGUGACCAAGAAUAUGGCACAGGUGACCAAAGCUCUGGACAAGGCCCUGAGUGCCAUGGACCUUCAGAAGGUGUCUGCAGUGAUGGACAGGUUUGAGCAGCAGGUGCAGAACCUGGAUGUGCACACAUCGGUAAUGGAGGAUUCUGUGAGCUCUGCCACUACGCUGACCACACCUCAGGAGCAGGUCGACAGCCUCAUUGUUCAGAUUGCUGAGGAAAAUGGCCUGGAGGUCCUAGACCAGCUCAGCCAGCUGCCAGAGGGAGCGUCUGCUGUGGGCGAGAGCUCUGUGCGCAGCCAGGAGGACCAGCUGUCCCGGAGGUAGGGUGCUGUCUGAAUGGGGCCGUGUACCUGCUCUAGUGUCCUGUCCCA